AUGCACCUACUUCUGUUUUGUUUACCCUUAUACUCGAUUGCGACCUUCCUGCUAGGUGCCUCAAUCACAGCGGGAAUAUUUGUUUUCCAUGUAGCUGUUGUGCCUUUAAUAUUCAAGUAUUCAAAAUCAUUUAAACAAAAUAUGAUCUUUGCUAAUUUUGCUCAAUGGCCUUUUCACAUAGACUAUGAGGACCCAGCAGCUAGUGGAAUAGAAGGUGCUAGAAAUAUUAACAUUGAGUAUCAAUCUAUGGUUGAUAAUUGCCCAGUUAAAUUAGGUAUUUGGCAUAUCCUACCAAAGAGUAGCUAUGAAAAACUAAAGGGUAGCUUUGAAGAGAGCGCGGAUAAGGAGCAACUAAGCAAGGAGUUAGACGAAGAAUUGGCCAAUUCAAAAUAUCCCAUCGUACUUUAUUGUCAUGGUAACUCGAACUCCCGUGCGGCAUCCCAUAGGAUAGAGUUAUAUCAAUUCUUUCAGAAAAUGGAUUUCCAUACAAUCGCAUUCGACUAUCGCGGAUAUGGCGAUUCAACAAAUGUCUGUCCCACUGAAAGAGGGGUGGUGGAAGAUUCACUAAUAGUGUAUGACUGGCUUAACAGCACCAUUCAGUCCAGCUCUCAACGACCUGCUGUUUUCGUUUGGGGACAUUCAUUGGGUACGGGAAUUUCCUCUCAUUUAAUGGGCAAUCUCUCAGAAUUGUCUCGCGAUGUUCUCAAACGAGAGCCAUUGCCGAGACCAAGUGGACUGAUUCUCGAAGCUCCGUUUAGUAAUUUGGCAGAUGCUGUUACUCAUCACCCAUUGUCCGCGCUUGUAAGAUGGCUGCCAUACUUUGACAAUACAUUCGUGUCGCCGUUCAGAUCGAGCGAAGAAUAUUCCUUCAAGUCAGACUCACACUUGGCCAAGGCGAAAGAGUUGCCAGUUCUCAUAUUACACGCUAAGGAUGACGUCGUCGUUCCCUUUGUUGUGGGGCUUAAGUUAUAUAAAUCAAUAUUGGAGUCGCGGAAUAAUGAUGGCUCAAAAGUCAAACUACACGCUUAUGACAAACAGCAAAACUUAGGUCAUAAAUAUAUCUGCCACGCCGAGGAUCUAGAACAAGUUAUUGGCGCAAUCCUCCUUACUGGCGCGUCCUUAACCGCGAGCGUUUUCUUCAUGCAAGUGGCAGUACUACCUUUAAUGUUCAGAUACAGUAAGACUGUACAAAGGAAAAUGGUAUUUUCUAACUGCAUAAAUUACCCAAAGAAUAUGGACUUCGAGAAUCCGUCUAGUUGCAACGUAAUGGGAGGAAGAAAUUUUACUAUAGAGUUUCAAUCUAAAGUCGACAACCGCCCGAUAAAAAUAGGUAUAUGGCACUUUGUACCAUCUUCCGUGUUACGUGAGCUGAUGUCAGUCAAUGAUGAGAUGACAAUCUGUGACCGCCUGCAACGUGAGCUGGAGAACACUCAUAAUACAAUCGUGUUGUAUUGCCAUGGUAACUCAAAUCACCGUGGAUCACCUCAUCGCCUACAAAUGUAUAGAGUUUUUCAAGAAUUGAAUUUUCAUGUCAUCGCUUUUGACUAUAGAGGUUAUGGCGACUCAAGCAAUGUGAGACCAACCGAAAACGGCGUCGUGGAAGAUGCUUUGAAAGUUUAUUCUUGGCUGAGUGGCGUGGUAGAUGAGAGAAGGCGGCCUAUGAUCGUUUUGUGGGGUCAUUCAUUAGGCACAGCAAUAGCAGCUAACCUGGUGGCGAAUUUAGACGACCUCUGUCGUAGUAACAAUCAGAAGUGUUUGCCGGCUCCAGAUGCGCUGGUACUCGAAGCUCCCUUCAAUAACUUGCUUGAUGAAAUUGAAAAACACCCAUUUUCAAAGCUGGUAUCCUGGCUUCCGUAUUAUAAGCAGUCCUUCGUGAAGCCCUUCAGUACGUCUACGGAGUAUUCCUUCACGACUGACGAGUAUUUAGCAAGAGUGACCAAUCUUCCUUUACUCAUCUUACAUUCUAAAGGAGAUAGGAUUGUGCCGUACGAACUGGCGGUCAAGUUAUACGAAUGCGUGGCGCAGUCGCGAAUUAAGGGAGGUGCUGUAUUGCAGUUUCAUGUCUUUGACAGAGGUCACAACGAUCUAUGUGAAGCCAAGAAAUUGCCUGGAGUUGUGAGAGAUUUUCUCAACGUUAUCAAGAAGUAA